AUGGUUUCCACGGAUGAAUCUGCUUUAUAUCGUCUAAAAAACUUAAACAAUGGAAAUAUAAUAUCUGUAUUCAAAGAUCAAUUCAAAGUUGGACGUACUACAACUAAUGAUUUAUCCAUUGCAAAUAAUCCUUAUAUAUCUUCAUCUCAUUGCACAUUUGAAUAUGAUAAUGGCCAUUUGUACAUACGAGAUACGAGUUCGAAUGGUACAUUAAUUAAUCGAACACAUAAAAUAAGUAAAAAUGAUACCCGUGUGGAACUUCAUUGCGGCGAUAUCGUGCAUAUAGUUUUUCGACAAAAUGAACCUGAAUCAAAUGUUAUUUUUCAAGUUGAACUGCCACAAUCAGAUACAAUCGAAGACGUAUCUCCAUUUGAUGAAGAUACACAAACAGCUUCAUAUCCAACGAUUCCACAUCUAUCACCUAUCCGAACUCAGGAAAAUGUUGAUUUAUCUAGUCUAAUGAAUACAAGUAGAGAUGUUGAAGUAAAAUCAAAAGAAGAACCACGAAAAGAAUUUGCCAUGGACGCCGGCGACGACAUGGAAGAUGUAUUGACAUGUGUAUGUUGUCAAGAUAUUAUGUCUAAUCCAAUAACUCUCGAGCCUUGUUUACAUGCAUUUUGCAAUGAUUGUUAUGCUUCAUGGGAAGCUGUUCAACGAACAUGUCCAAAAUGUCGUGUUAAAGUUGUUGGCAAGAAAAAAAAUGUUGUAAUUAACGGAAUCUUAGCAGCUUAUCUUAAAGCAUAUCCACAUAAACGACCUGCACCAAAAGAAUCUGAUGACGAUAUGAAUGAAUCAAAAAAAACCAAAUAUGAAGUCGGUACUGAUGGAAUGUAUCUACAUAAUACGCAGUACGAAAAUGACGAUGAAUAUAAUGAUGAUGAUCAUGAUAAUGAUGAUGAUGAUGGUGAUGAUGGUGAUGACGACGACGAUGAUGAUGAUGACGACGAUGAGGAAGAGGAUGGGGCUCCUCAUUAUUUAUUGAAUCCAUUCGGUCAUCCUCCUCCUGUUCCUAAUGUCAGAUUUGCUUGUCGACAAUGUCCGGCAAUAGCCGGUGCAGCUGCUAUUCCAACUAAUUUCCAAUGUCUACCAAAUCAAAAUCAUAUUCUAUGCCAAUGUUGUAUACAACCAAUGCCAGAUCGACGCGAUGAAGCAGAUAUUCAUCAGCAUUGUGAAAUAUGCAAACAAUUUUUUUGCAACAUCUAUUUUCAAAAAUGCCAACGAGCUGGAUGCCUUGGUUGUUUAAAUCGCUUAAGGGAUUUCAAUUUUGCACCUCGUCAUCUUAAUAAUUUCGUUAAUGAAAAUCCUAUUGAAUCACAAAUUGUUCAAGAUUAUCUUACAACCAAUCAUAAGACUAUGCGCGAUUUACUUACUGAUUGUUGUGACUGUCUUGAUCGAAAUGAAUUUACUUGCCCCGGUAUUGAUCGUAAUGCUGCUAUUCCUUCGUCGAAAAUUGUUUGUUAUAAAUGUGGUUUGAAAAUGUUUAAAGAGUUAGCGUAUCAAUUUCGUGUUCGUAUGAAACAGGAGGAUAUAUUUCCCGUAAUGUUACGAAAUCGAGAUAAUUGUUAUUAUGGUAGAAAAUGUCGUACUCAAUAUACAAAAGGAACUCAUGCACACCGACUAAAUCAUGCUUGUGAACAAACUAAAUUUUAA